AUGUGUAAUAACACGCACACCCAGAUCGGGUUGGUUAGGUUUGAUGGCUAUGCCAGAUUGGUGGAGGUGGAGAUAGUGGUGGCUGGGCUUGAGUCAGAAUUUAUCCAACGUAUUGUCAAAGUGAUAUCACUUAAAUUGAGUUCUUUGUUCCCCAAAGAUACCAACGGCUUAGUAGGAAUUGAUUCUCGAGUGGAGAAAUUGAUGUCGCUUUUAGCCAUAGGAUCAAAUGAUGUUCGCAUUAUUGGGAUUUGGGGGAUGGGCGGUAUUGGUAAGACAACUCUUGCUAGGGUUGUUUAUGACAAGGAUUUUAAUGAAUUUGAAGGUGGUUGUUUUAUUGCUAAUGUUAGGGGUGAAUCUAAAAAAUGUGAGUUACUUCCAUUACAACGAAAACUUAUUCGUGAGAUUUUGAUGGAUGAUAGUGUGAAUAUAAGGGAUGAUUAUGACAGAGUUCGUAUGAUCAAGAAUAGGUUAUGUCAUAAAAAGGUUCUUCUUGUUCUUGAUAAUGUAAAUCAAUAUAAUCAGCUAGAAAAGUUAGCUGGCGACUCUAAAUGGUUUGGUCUAGGUAGUAGAGUCAUUAUAACAACAAGAGAUGAACAUUUGUUGACAAGGCACAAGGUACAUGGAAUAUAUGAGGCUCAAGGAUUGAAUGAUUAUGAGGCUCUUCAUCUUUUUAGUUUGAAGGCCUUUAAUAAAUACCAUCCUUCUAAAGAUUAUCUAGACUUGUCCACAUCUUUUGUAGAUUAUGCUAAAGGUCUUCCUUUAGCUAUUGAUGUUUUGGGUUCUUUUUUGUACAACAGAAGUAAGGAGGAAUGGGAAGAUGCAUUAGAUAUGAUGAAAGAAUAUCCCAAAAAAGAAAUUACUGAAAUACUUGAAAUAGGUUUUGAUGGACUUCAGGGUACAGAAAAAGAAAUAUUUCUACAUAUCGCAUGUUUCUUCAAUAUGAAGGAAAAAGAUUAUAUCGUAGAAAUACUAGAUUGUCUUGGCCUUCACCCUAAAAUUGGAUUAAAGGUUCUUAUUGAAAGGUCUCUUUUAAAAUAUUAUGAAAAUAAAUAUUGGAUGCAUGACUUACUCCAACAAAUGGGACAAGACAAAGUUCAUCGAAAUUAUGCUCAAGAACUUGAAAAGUGGAGCAAAUUAUGGCUACAUAAGGACAUUCACAAUGUGUUGAUGAAAAAUAUGGAAAUGGAAGCAAUUCAAGGACUUUUCCUUGAAUUGGGUGAACUACAAAUAUUUCAAAUGGCAUGUUGGAAUCUUGAAGCCUUUCCAAAGAUGCCUAACCUAAAAUUGCUUAUAAUUCAUGGUGUUCAACUUUUGCAUGGCCCCAAAAAUCUUCCUAAUAAAUUAAGAAUUCUUGAUUGGAGUGAGUAUCCUUCAAAAUCUUUGCCAUUAGAUUUUCAACCAGAUGAGCUUGUUGAACUUCACUUGUUGCAUAGCAAAAUUGAACAACUUUGGAAAGGGACAAAGUACUUGGACAAGUUAAAGCUCAUCAAAUUGAACAGUUCCUUAAACCUCAUUGCAACCGUUGACUUCACCGGAGUUCCCAAUCUUGAGAAAUUGGUUCUUAAUGGUUGUAUAAAUUUACAUGAGGUUCACCCAUCUGUUAUGGUUCCUAAAAAGCUUACUUUUCUUGAUUUAGAAAACUGCAAAAGCCUUAGAAGUCUUCCAAACAAGUUUGAAAUGGAGUCACUUGAACUUCUCAUUCUUUCUGGCUGUUCAAAAAUCAAGAGAAUUCCAGAAUUUAUGGAAAAUAUGAAACGCUUAUCAAAAAUUCACCUAAAUGCCACUGCUAUUACGAAACUUCCAUCUUCAGUUGAACAUUUGACUAACCUUGCUUCAUUUCUACCUGAGAAGUUGUGGAAUGUUAAAAGUCUAGAGAAGGUCAACGUGAGUGGAAUUGCUUUAAGAGAGUUGCCUUUAUCUGUUCUUACAUUAAAGAAUCUUAAAGAACUAUCUUUUCGGGGAUGUAAAGGGCCACCACCUAAACUACUAUGGAGUAAGCUUUUUCCCUUUAAUUUAAUGCCAAAAAGAAGCCUAAGUCCUGAAAUCCACAAGCAAUCUAUAAUAAUAGGUCUCUAUGGUGCCUUUAAUAUUGUUAUUCCUGGAAGUGAAAUUCCGAAAUGGUUUAGGCAUCAGAGUGUGGGGAAUAAUAUAGUUAAUGCACAAGUUACUCAUCAGAAUGAAAAUAAGUGGAUUGGAAUCGCUGUGUGUGCUAUGUCAUGCCCCAAUUUUUAUCGUUAUGAUUUUGGGCGUUCUUUGAGAUGUCGCAUUCUAAUCAAUGAACCUGAAGGUUUACACCUUUUUGUAGGCUAUUGCCCUAGAUGUGUUCAAAUUAAAUCACAUCACCUUUGGAUGUGCUAUUUACCCUAUCAAAUGUUUAAUGAGAAUGAGAGAGUAGUAUUGGGUCAAAUUGAUGAGAAUGGAUUCAUACAGAUGGAGCUUAGAUUUCAAUGGGUUCCCAAGCAUGACGUGGAGAUUAAGAAAUGUGGGUUUCGUCUAGUAUACGAAAAAGACAUUGAAGCCAUUAGAGAAAUGAUAUCAGCUCAAUCCAGCAACAGCACCUGCGUGACUCCUUACGAGGAUGUUCAUCAUAAUUUAGCAGAAGGAAUCAAAUUGACGUGA